GCGCGCUGCCCUUCAUUGUCCUUACAGAAAGCCCUGAAAGGCUUCAUGCACCGUUUGUUUCCCCCUCACAUUUGUCUUAAUGGCGAAUACCGCGAAGAGCUUGCGUCCUUCCUUGAGAGUGGAACGCUUUUGAAGCGAGGAGACGGAUUCCCAGUCCGGGCUGCAAACAGCGGCCACGACUGACGGACCAUCCCGCAGAGAACUGGACUGGAAGCAGAUAGAGAGCCGCGAGCUUCGCCAUGGUCGAACCAGCAGACAGGCCAUCUGCAGCCGGCCAGAGACUGGGCGCCGCCGAAAGCUUCGGGGUGUCCACCCUUGAGCCUGGCAUGCGUCCUCCUGUGCAGCCACCAGGGCGAAAAGUCUCCAUCAGGGUGCAGAUGCUGGAUGACACGCAGGAAGUCUUCCAUGUAUCGCAACGCUCCCCUGGCAAAGUGCUGUUUGACCUUAUUUGCGUACAUCUCAACCUGGUGGAGGGAGAUUAUUUUGGGCUGGAGUACCAAGACCAACGCAAGAUGACAGUGUGGCUGGACCUGCUGAAGCCGACGCUGAAGCAGAUUCGACGGCCGAAGAACACCAUCCUUCGUUUUGUGGUGAAGUUCUUCCCUCCUGACCACACGCAACUCAUGGAGGAGCUGACUCAGUAUCUGUUUGCCCUGCAGAUCAAGCGCGACCUGGCCUGUGGAAAUCUUAUCUGUAACGACACCAGCGCCGCCCUAAUGGUUUCCCACAUCAUCCAGUCGGAGAUAGGAGACUUUGACGAGACCCAGAGCUGGCAGCACCUCCUCCACAAUAAGUACCUGCCCGACCAGGAUGCCAUCAGGGACAAGAUCACCGACUGCCACCGCAAGCAUGUGGGACAGACCCCCGCAGAGUCAGACUACCAGCUUCUGGAAAUCGCCCGGCGACUAGAGAUGUACGGCGUUCGUCAGCACCCGGCAAAAGACCGCGAGGGUACCAAACUCAGCCUGGCGGUGGCACACACUGGAGUUCUAGUGUUCCAGGGCUACACAAAAAUAAAUGCCUUCAACUGGUCCAAGAUUCGUAAACUAAGCUUCAAGCGCAAACGGUUUCUGAUCAAGCUGAGAGCUGAUCCCACUCAAAAUGGCCACCACGACACGCUGGAGUUCGCCAUGGCCAGCAGGGACUGCUGCAAGAUCUUCUGGAAGAUCUGUGUCGAGUACCAUGCAUUUUUCAGGCUCUUUGAGGAGCCUAAGGCUAAACCCAAGCCCAUCCUCUUUACCAGAGGGUCUUCAUUCCGCUUUAGUGGACGAACCCAGAAGCAGAUCAUUGAUUAUGUAAAAGACUCCGAUCCAAAGAAAGUUCCAUUUGAAAGGAAGCACAGUAAGAUUGUCUCCAGUAGCAGCAUGCCCCAUCAGUCAUCUUCUUUCAGAUUGCAAGUGCCAAAGGAGAGCGGCAUGUCCAUGCCCAUAGAAGAUCGACCUGACUCCUCCAGACAAGUGGACUUGAACAGCACUCAAGAGUUGCCAGGGGCAACAUCCACCACCAACGGCUUCCACGAUAUACCUGCCGGUCCUGGCUUAGAUGCAAGACAGAACCACAACGGUGCGGGCUCUGUGCCGAACCAGCAGUUUCUCAUCCCAGGAAGUCCUGCAGCGGAGGUUUCACCGCUGCACUUGGCGGCGAACGGAGCGGUCAACGGCACCGUUGUUGGUGUGGUGGCCCCGAGUCAGCUCUCGCCACUCACCAGCCCACUGCUCACCGACGCCGGAUAUGUUCGUAACGACGAAGAAGAAGAGGCCAGGAGGAAGAAGUGUCCCACGGACAAGGCCUACUUCAUCGCGAAGGAGCUGUUGACCACCGAGAGGACUUAUCUCAAAGACCUGCAGGUCAUCACUGAGGUGUUCCAGAGUGUGGCAGAAAAAGACGAAGAAGUAUUCCCGGCCUCUGUCAGGACCCUAAUAUCAUCCAACUACGAUCCAGUCCACAAGUUCCACCAGGAGUUCCUGAAGGAGGUGGAGCAGAGACUGACCCAGUGGGAGAGUCGAUCCAAUGCACACAUUAAAGGAGACCAUCAAAGAAUCGCUGACGUUCUGCUUAAGAACAUUCACGGUCUAAGGCAGCUGACGGCUCACCUGCAGAAACAUUCCGAGUGCCUGGUGGAACUGGAACGAGUCUGUCGGUCGAGUCGCAAGGCGGAGGCUUUGUGUCGAGAGCUGGAACAGCAAAGAGUGUGCUACCUCCCCCUCUACAUGUUCCUCCUGCGGCCGCUCCACCGCCUGCUGCACUACAAACUCAUCCUGGAAAGGCUCUGCAAACACUACCCGCCCACUCAUGAUGACUUCAGGGACUCCAGAGCUGCACUGGCGGACAUCACAGAGAUGGUGCUGCAGCUGCAAGGCACAAUGAUGAAGAUGGAGAACUUCCAGAAGCUUCUGGAGCUAAAGAAGGACCUAACAGGCAUUGAAAACCUGGCCAUCCCUGGAAGGGAGUUCAUCAGGCUCGGAUGCCUCAGCAAGCUCUCCGGGAAAGGCCUGCAGCAGAGAAUGUUCUUCCUGUUCAGCGAUUCCUUGGUGUACACAAGUCGGGGGAUGACACCGUCCAACCAGUUCAAAGUCCACGGCCAGCUUCCCCUCUAUGGCAUGACGAUUAGAGAAAGUGAAGAAGAGUGGGGCGUCCCUCAUUCCUUCACGUUGUUUGGACAGCGGCAGUCAAUGGUGGUGGCAGCCAGCUGUGCAGCCGAGAUGGAGCGGUGGCUGGAGGACAUCAGGAUGGCGAUUGACCUUGCAGAGCAGACCAAUGAGCCUGACAUGGACCUGCUGUCUACCAGCCCCUCUGAGAACAAGCUGCUGGAGGAUAUUGGGGCCGAGCACGAGUCAGAGGAGGAGCAGUGCGGCUCGCGUUCAUCUCUGGAGCGCCAAGCUCAACGUGGUAACACCACAGUGCACGUCUGCUGGCAUCGCAACACCAGCGUGUCCAUGGUGGACUUCAGUAUUGCAGUGGAGAACCAGCUGUCAGGAAACCUGCUGAGGAAGUUCAAGAACAGUAAUGGCUGGCAGAAACUCUGGGUGGUCUUCACCAACUUCAGCCUCUUUUUCUACAAGUCCCACCAGGACGACUACCCUCUGGCCAGCCUUCCUUUGCUGGGCUACUCCGUCACCAUCCCAUCCGAGUGUGAAAACAUCCACAAGGACUACGUCUUUAAACUCCACUUCAAGUCCCACGUCUACUACUUCAGAUCGGAGAGCGAGUACACGUUCGAAAGGUGGAUGGAGGUAAUCCGCAGCGCCACCUGCUCGGCCAGCCGCACCCUGCCGAGCUCCAGGAAAGACCUUUAUUGAUGGAGAUUGGCUUGGGUGAAGCUUCCCACCAAAGAGACUAAAAAUAGACGCCAGAUCAUGACACUUUGCUGGUGUUUAGUUGAACACUAUUUAAUAUGUGAAUAGUCCAAACACACACACAUGCAGGCCCCACUUUGCCUACUUUCUGCACCACUCCUUUGUAUUCAUGACAUUUUUUCUUCUCCAGGCUAGAUGAUUCCCACAUGUUGACACGUGCACACACAAUUCCCGAACCUGACUGAACCACAUGAAUCGUUGGGUUUUUCCCAUGCCUUAAGUUAUUUCAUACACACUAGAAGUAUGAAUGUCAUGUUCAUUUCACAGCCUUUAUGAUUUUUUUGGAACGGUUCCGGGGAUUCAAACUAAAUAAGUGGAUUCAUAUCUUUUGAAUUUCUAUUGAUGUUCCGGACUCAGCUUAGCGGAGCUGUUUCUCGGCUAAUUGUUACAAGCAUUCCCGUCAUUGGUUAGCGUAGAAAAAUACCACAGUAAAGAUCCGCCCAGAACAUCUGGUCUUACUCGCUGGCAUUAUUUUAAAGCUAUAAAGAUCGACAUAACUAGCAUGAAGGAAAAAAGUAAGUGUGAAGGACAGUGGAUGAUAUUAAGAAAUUUGUGACAGUCUCUCGCUGUCGUCGUGCGGGUUCAAUGGACCACCCAGGAAGGAUAUGCUUUUGAGCAGGUUUGACUCCUUUAUCUUUCAAUAAAGCUUGGUUGCAGCUCGGAUCGCUUUUCAGCUCCUUUCCUCCACUGCUCGUUUCCGGUCUGCUUUUCAGCUGCCGUCGUCGUCGUUCUCGUCUUGCGCUCAAUGUUGCUCUCGCUUUUCUUGCGCUGCGGACUCUCCUCCUUCCUCCUCGAUCGCUCCUCCUUUUCCCCGUUUUAUACAGAGUCAUGAGAGUUUUAACCUGAAUUCGAUUGUGGCUGCGUCGCUCCCGGCACGCCUUGCUCUCCGUUUCGCCGCAUUCUCCGCCUCCUUGCCGCCAUCUUGGGCAGGGCUGCAGCGUGCCCCGCCUCGCCGUCGGCCCGUCGGCUGCGCCUCUCCACAGUAUUAAAGAAAGAAAUCAUCAAAAUCAUGACAGAGCGAUUCGAGCGUAUCACUGCUAAUCUGCACCAUACCGAAGCAGAAUGAGUCAAUAAUGCCAGUCAUCCAUCCGUCCAUUUUCUACCGGUUGUCCCUUUUUGGGGUCACGGGGGGCGGGGACUUUCACACUAUUAUGUUGGACCCACUCGACGUCCAUUGCACCGGUCACCCGAGGUUUCUCAUAGUGACGUCCGACUGGGUUGUGAGUUUUUCCUUGCUCUUAUGUGGGCGCUGAUCCGCGGAUGUCGUUGCGGCUUAUGCAGCCCUUUGAGACACUUGUGAUUUAGGGCUAUAUAAAUAAGCAUUGAUUGAUUGACAUUGAUAAACCAUCCAUUCACUUUAUACCGCUUGUCCCUUUUUGGCGUUGCGGGGGAUUGCUGGAGCCUAUCUCAGCUGCAUUCAGGCGGUAGGCGCGGUACACCCUGGACAAGUCGCCAGCUCAUCGCAGUGCCAACACAGACAGCAUUCACAGUUACUAAGAGUGUUGAAAUAAUAUCUAAUUGGCAGGCAUUUAUCCAUGAAAAUAUGGAAAAGCUGGUGGUGGUGUGCUUGGUGGAAAAAUGGAAGGAGAUACGGUAGAAGUCCGCUCUACAAGGUAAAAGUUGUACAUGAGUAUUACAUUACUUCAUAAAACUACUGGAGUUGUUUGUGACAGACUUCUCAAGCCGUGGUGCGGGUUCCAAGGACCGUCAAGGAAGGACAUAGCGGCGGCACGUUUACACUUCCUUAUUUUUCAAUAGAGACUACUUUUCAGUUGCUCCGUCUGCCGCUCGCUCUUCCGCUUGCCUUUCCGCUUCGGGCGUCGUCGCCUCUCUCGCGCUCUCAGUCUCUCUCCCUGAGCGUCAGCUUCCCUCUGGCUCCUUCUUGUCUCUCUGCCUCUCCCUCUGACGUUCACUGCAGUUGCCCUAUUAUACAGUGCGAGAGGAUUAAUCAAUUGUCCCCAGGUGCGCUAUCCACGCAUCUGAUCUUGAAUGCGGCAUCGCUCCCGGCGCGCCCCGCCUCGCUGCUCGCUCACCUUCCACACCUCCUCGUCGCCAUCUUGGGCCGGGCUACGGUGUGCCCUGCCUCGCUGUCGGACUGCCGGCUCCGCCUCUCUACAUUUUUAGUGGUACAUUCUCUUUUAUUGAUUUUAUACUAUAUUCUUUUAUAUAUAUAUAUAUAUAUAUAAGGCAUGUUACAUAUUAAAACUGUGCUAUUUGGGCGGGACAAUCCAUCCAUCUGUCCAUCUUUUUCUGCUUAUCUGCGGUCGGGUUGAAUGGAUUUCAAUUCAUUUAAAUGGGAGACGUUUAGUUGAGAUACAAGUGUUUUGAGGUAAGAGGUGCGCCACAGAACCGAUAAAACUCGCGAGUUGAGGUACUACUGUAAAUACGUGCACAUGGUGGACUAACACGUGGACUGUUUGAUGUGUGCUGCUAAACUGAGAAAGGACGGCGUUCUUUUUUUAGUUUUCCCCCUUCAUAAUGUCUUCUUUGAGGCAAACUCUUCUCCAAAGAAAAGUGAGGUGAAAUGCCUAAAAAUAGUUGUAAAAGGACCUUUCAAAAUCCAUCCAUCCAUCAUCUUCCGCUUAUCCGAGGUCGGGUCGCGGGGGCAACAGCCUAAGCAGGGAAACCCAGACUUCCCUCUCCCCAGCCACUUCGUCCAGCUCUUCCCGGGGAUCCCGAGGCGUUCCCAGGCCAGCCGGGAGACAUAGUCUUCCCAACGUGUCCUGGGUCUUCCCCGUGGCCUCCUACCGGUUGGACGUGCCCUAAACACCUCCCUAGGGAGGCGUUCGGGUGGCAUCCUGACCAGAUGCCCGAACCACCUCAUCUGGCUCCUCUCGAUGUGAAGGAGCAGCGGCUUUACUUUGAGUCCCUCCCGGAUGGCAGAGCUUCUCACCCUAUCUCUAAGGGAGAGCCCCGCCACACGGCGGAGGAAACUCAUUUCGGCCGCUUGUACCCGUGAUCUUAUCCUUUCGGUCAUGACCCAAAGCUCAUGACCAUAGGUGAGGAUGGGAACGUAGAUCGACCGGUAAAUUGAGAGCUUUGCCUUCCGGCUCAGCUCCUUCUUCACCACAACGGAUCUGUAGAACGUCCGCAUUACUGAAGACGCCGCACCGAUCCGCCUGUCGAUCUCACGAUCCACUCUUCCCCCACUCGUGAACAAGACUCCUAGGUAUUUGAACUCCUCCACUUGUUUGUGAAAAUACAAUUCGCUGUCUUAGAUCUUCCCUGACGUUCUCAGACUUUUCUCACCGAAAGUAUUUAUUGUUAAAUACAAUAAGUGUUGCCAUAGAGCAGACCUGGGCAAAUUAAGGCCCGGGGGCCACAUGCUGAGCUUUUCAAUCAGGCCCGCCGGACAUUCCCCAAAAAUGUUUUUUAGAUCUUUAAGAUGGAAAGUGUAGCUGCCAUUAUGAUGUGCAGUGAUGUUUUCUAAUGACCGUAAGUCUUGAACUAUACAAAGUAUUUCAAUGGUUAGAAUCUGCGCUUAUGGAUGAUAUACCGGUGUGAAAGACUCGUGCCGUCUUGCGGGUUCCAAGGACCACCAAGGAAGGACAUGGCUAUGAGCAGGUGUAGACUUCUUUAUUUUUCAAUAGGCAAAGUCUUUUGCGUUUUGCUUUUCAGCCUUCCCCGUUGUCUGCGUCUGCCUCUCGCUUUCGCAUUUUUCCGGGUUGCACGCGCUGCUGCUGCUUGAGUUGUCGUCUCUCCCUCUGGUUCAUUCAUCGUUUCUCCACCUCUCACACCGACGUUCACAGCUGCCGCCCUUUUACACAGUGCGAGAGGUUUCGUUAAUCGUAUCCAAGUGCGCGAUCCAUGCACCUGAUCUCGAUUGUGGCGUUGCUCCCGGCACGCCCCGCCUCGCCGCUCGCUCGCCAUCCCCGCCUCCUCGCCGCCAUCUUAGGCCGGGCUUUAGCAUGCCCAGCUUCUCUGUUGGACCGUCGGCUCCGCCUCUCCACAACCGGUUACUAUGGUGAUAUAAUUAGUUACUAUGGUAAUGGAAGUCACAGCAGCUCAAACGAGGCACCGAGCAGUGUGGGUGGGGAGCGUUUCCACAGACGCGGAAGGAGAUUUUUACCACAAAGUUCCAAAGCUUAGUGAUAUAUCAGAUAUAUCAGAUUAUAGGUGCAUUUAUUUUGUACCCUUCGCGUUCAUAUUUCACUGUUUGUUACAUUUUUGUUGCGUUUCACUUGAUUGUAAAAUGUGUCGAUCGAAAGGGGGUGUGACGUUCAUAUGUUGUCAAUAUUCAGUGUUUUAUCCUUCAUAGAAAAAUGUAAAAUUUUAAGUUUUUUAAGGCGGUCUGCCAUAAAGUUAUUUGCAUUCAAUCAGACAUUAUUGUGAGGUUUUGUGUUAGUGUUCAUAAAAAUAGAUAUACCGGCCCCCCAGACACAUUUUUUUUUCUCUAAAUGUGGCCCCCCGAGUCAAAAUAAUUGCCCAGGCCUGCUAUAAAGACACUACCAGCUGCAGUCAAUCAUGAUUACAAACAAGAAAUGAAUACUGCUUUCUUGUUUAAGAUGUUUCAUAUAUUUGAGGUUGUAUCUAUAAUUGCAACAAUGAGUAAAUGAGGACAAAAUCAAAAUGAACAUGGCAUUUAUGCCCGUUUUUUAAGUGCCUGUAAGGUAGAAAUGUACAUGAUAGGUGUGUGCAUGUCACCACACCCAUGGUGUUUAUUUUUUCAGCAUGACAAUCAUAUAUGGUCUUGAUCAAUUUCAUGCGAUGCCACUUUCUAAUAGAAAAAUAUCUUCUAUUUUUUCUGCAACCUUUUGUACAAAACUUGGAUACACUGUGAAAAUGGUCUGCUUUGUUUCAUUCUUUAACAUUUAUUUUUCUCCCCCCCACUGUGUGUCUUUGUACGGACAACGAGACUCCAUGAGAGCUAUUUCGUCUACAACCCUGAAACUUUUCAUAAUAAAGAUGACAACAUGUUGUUUGUAAAA